CUUUAUGUGCACAUUUAGUUGCAUGCCCUUUUGGGCUGAAGCGGUGUGCUCUUCCAUAGAUCUGGAAGGAGCGACCGACGAUAUAUAUAUCUGUGUGCUUCUCCCCAUCGAGUCGAGUACAAUUAAACAAAAACACACAUCAGACAACGAGAAACAAUACUCAUAUAGAACUUCCUUCCAUCCAUCAUCAAGAUGAAAACCACUUUUAUCGCCGCAACCCUAUCCUCUAUCGCUGCCCUAGGUAGUGCCAGCCCUGUCGAGAACAGCGCGUUCCAGGUGGCCAUUACCUUCUGGGGUGCUGAUGGUUCCUCUUUCGGCCAGAAUUUCCCAGCUGACGACAGCACUCAUGCUAUCACCAAUCCGAUGGCAGUGACCAAUAUCUCCUCGGCUGGUGGUGGGUUCUGCAGCUUCCAGGGUGUUGAUGGCAGCAGCACCGUGGUGGCUGGUGAGGUAAAAGUCCCUGUUAGCCCUCCGCAGGCGCAGGCGUGGGGAGCUUGUGAUAUUCUGUGAUUGUUUGGUGGCAUUCUCGGGCCUGCAGCUUCGGCAGUUGGCAUUGAAAUUCGCGCCUGUUGGCUUGAUGUUUCCUGGAAGACGAAUGAGUGAAUGUCCGCAAAUGAGAUUGAUGAGUCCAUGGUAUGAGCUUCACAACAUGUUCCAAAAUGGCUUUGGCUUUGGCUGGCUUUUUUCGAUUGCCUGUUAUCAUGCGUAUAGUUUUUCGAGAGGCAAAACUUCUCCAACGUCUUAAUCGACCGGGGUAGUCAGAUUAUGCAUAAAUCAAGCGAGCCUUUUAUUUGAGUCCAGUCCGUCCUGAUAUCAAUCUUUUCCCUACGUCGGAAUCAUGUCUAUAGCGAACGUUGCCUUUUGGUCUAUUUUAAUGGCCUGAAAUGGCAGUUUGGAGGGAUUUCGUACCGGGCUUGAAG